UGCACAAUAUGUGUGUGGAUUUUGUAAUGCCUUUUUUGGUUUGAGGAGCGUGUUGUUUCCGCGUCUUCUAAGAAGAAUCCUAAGUAUUCAUUGUGUUGUUGUCAAGGAAAUGUUGUCUUGCCUUUUAUGAAAGAACCGCCCUCAUUCUUAUCUGAAUUGAUCCACGGUUUCGAUGAACGUUGCAAACAUUUCAUUGAAAACGUGAGAUCAUACAACAGUAUGUUUUCAUUCACUUCGAUGGGUGGUAAAGUUACACAAAAUGUCAAUAAAGGAAAGUCUCCGUCAAUUUUUAAACUUCAUGGGCAGAAUUAUCACCUGAUCGGUAGCCUGUUGCCUCCACCCGAAUCAAAGCCUAACUUCGCCCAAUUGUGAAUUUAUGACACGGAAAAUGAAGUUCAGAAUAGAGUUUCAGCCGUUGGUGAUGAUACUAGGACAAGGAAGUUACAUGAAAGUAUAGUUGUUGGGUUGACUGAGAUGCUGAACGAAAAUAAUGUGUUGGUAAAAUCCUUUCGGCUUGCUAAAGAGAAAAUAGAUGCGGAUAAUGCACCGAAUGUGAGGCUGAGGCUAAUUGGGAAGCGUUACGGGGAUGCGAGAACAUAUAAUUUACUGUCUGUUUCUGAGGUCGCAGCUUUGACCGUUGGAUAUUUUGAUGAAUCUAUGGGUGAGAGAGAGAUAUUGGUUGAAACACAGUCAGGUGCGCUUCAAUGAAUAAAUGAACUAAACCUGGCAUAUUUUGCGCUGCAAUAUCCAUUAUUGUUCCCUUAUGGGGAUGAUAGUUACCGUGAGGAUACGCCGUUGUCCAGGGGUGGUAACAUUGUUGGAGGUGGCAGAAAAAGAGUGAGCGUUAGGGAGUUUCUUGCGUUUCGGAUUCAAGAACGCCGUGACAAUCAUUCAUCAAUCUUGAGGACAAAAAGGCUUUUUCAGCAAUUCAUUGUUGACGGUUAUACCUUGGUUGAGGCCGCGCAAUUGAGGUUUGUUAGGACCCAUCAAAUGCAGCUUCGUUGUGAGAUGUAUAAGGGUUUGAGUGAUGCUUUUUUUACGUGGAGAAAAUGAUUCGCAUACACAGGGUAAGAGAAUCGUGUUGCCUCCUACUUUUACCGGAGGAGCACAUUAUAUAAUACAAAAUUAUCAGGAUGCAAUGGCCAUCUGCAGGUGGGCGGGUUAUCCAGAUUUAUUCAUAACCUUCACGUGCAAUCUAAGAUGGCCUGAGAUAGAUCGUUUUUUGCAUCCGAGGAAUUUGAAAGCGGAAGAUCAUCCUGAUAUAAUAAGUCGUGUUUUCAAGGUUAAGCUCGACGGUUUGAUUAGAGAUAUGCACAAAAAUAAAGCCUUUGGAAAUGUUCGAGGAGGUAUUGUCUCCAGUUAUUUCCUUAUUACAUUAGCCCAAUUUCAAUUUUAUUUUACAUCAUUUGUUUACUUUGCAGUUGUUUAUACAAUUGAGUUUCAUAAACUUGGAUUGCCUCAUGCUCAUAUUUUGAUGUGGUUAGCGAAC